AUGGCGACGCUUUCGGGGCUGCCUAGCGCCCAGCAGGCGGGGGGCACGGGGGAGACUAGUACCGGGCUGGCGCCACGGAACCCCGUGAUGGUCAACAGCGAUACCACGAGCGUGGCGCAGGAGAGCGUCGUGACGUCUCCAAUCCCAGAGCAUGAAAACAACCUCCUCUUCUUCUCCAUCUCCUGCGGGGACGUCAAUAUGGCCCGCACACUCCUCCAAGACGGCCGCGUCCCAUGGAGCGUCAAGGACGCGCACGGCUGGACCCCCGCGCACCUUGCCUGCAGAUUUGGCAACACUGAGGUCCUGAAGAUGGUGAUGGACCUGUCGCAAGGGAAGGCGGCGGCCUCGCAGCUCCCGAACGGCCGCACGCCGCUCCACGUUGCUGCCGGCCUGGGCCAUAUUUCCAACAUGAGGCUUCUCAUCGCGUUUGGGGCGGACGUGAACCUCCCCGACAUCGACGGCCUGACGCCCCUGCACCACGCCGCCGUGUCGGACUCGUACUACGCCGUCGACCUGCUCCUCAUGGCCCAGGGCAUCAACCUCAAGGCAGAGGACAAGCAUGGACGGACGCCAGCGGUCGCAGCGCCGCGCGGGAGCGCCAGUUACCAGAUCCUGGCCGAGGCUGAGGCUGCAGCCGCGGCAGCGGAGGCCAAGCCCGCGGACACGGGGACCGCGGGCGACGCGAAGCCCGGCACGGUGCAGACGGGGGAGAACGCGGCGCCACGAAAGGGCUUUUUGAGCCGGUGUUUCUGCGGGGGCGCGCAAUAG